AUGGAACGAGACCUCUUUCCUUUCGGCGCGGUAACAUCGGCGAGAAGAAUUUCAAUUGGGUGUGAAGUCGUGCAUAGAGGACAGCCCCGCCCCUUGGAUACUGACUCAAAACGUACCCACAACUCAAGACUUGUCCGAGUUGGGAGGAACGGAAUACCCCGUUUGUUGGGAGAGGGAAGAAGAGCAAUUCUCUAUUCGGCAGACAGUGAUGCAAACUGGCUUGAUCCCACAAUUCAAAACCUAAUUUGGCAAAUCUUUUCGGCUCAAAAUGAUGGCGGCGGCGUAAAUAUAUUUUCCUUUCCCCCCAGUAACUCCCCCCAGACGCUAUCAACGUCUUUGCUCCUCAUCGUCUUCUUGCAGCACUACGUUACCGCUGUGCAGCACCCCGUUCAACCUGUAGCACAAACCAUGGCAACAGAUUCCCAGGAGAAAAAGCCGGCCGAUGCUCCGGUUGUCCUAAGCGAAGGCGCGGGCGUAGCGCUGGGCAGCGUCUUCAACCGGCUCGUGAAGCCCAAGAGCUCGCGGGGCUCGCGCGUGACCGGCAAGAAGCGACCGCGGUCGGAGAAGGCGUCCGUUGUGCUGGCCGAAAAUGAGGACGUGCAAAAAAGCCUCGCGGAAGAAAAGAAGCUGCGCAAGGAGUACAAGGAGGCGAAGAAGGCCAAACUGCAGUUUGAGAACAACGCGCUGGUCAUCCCCGACGCGGCGACAAACGCAGCGCUAGAGAAAGAGCUGCUAGCGACGGCGACGAAGGGUGCGGUGGCGCUAUUUAACGCUGUGGCAAAGGCGCAGAAGAUGAAUGAAGACGAAAAGGGGUCCAACAAGAAAAAGGGGCCCCCUGUUAGCAGGGAGAGCUUUAUGAGUAUGAUGAGGGCGGGGGUGAGUAAGGAUGCCGCGUCUGAUGCCGGGAAGAAGGUAGAAGAGGAAGGUUCGAGUGAUGAGGAGGCGUCGGCGAUGAGGAAGCAGGGUGCGAAAUGGCUGAAGAACGACUUUCUCACGGCGGGCUCGACAAAGCUGAAAGAUUUUGAUAGAGAGGCUCCUGUGGGUGAGGAGAGCUCUUCUAGCGACGAUGAGAGCAGUGACGAUGAAGACAAUCAGUCUUCGGAUAGCGAUUCGGAUUAG